CGGUGCAGCUCGAUGGAGGGCGCUUCAUCUCCCCUGUUUAAACAGCAGACAGGCUUCAGCACUGCGAGUGUGUGGACUGCUGAGAUUUCAACUGCUGACUACUGAAGCACUGCAGCAUGGCGGCCGAGCUCUCCACCUCGAUAAACAUCAAAGAGCCUCGCUGGGAUCAGGGGACCUUCGUGGGCAGAGCCAAGCAUUUCUUCACCGUCACAGACCCACGCAACGUUCUGCUGUCUAACGAGCAGCUCGAGAAAGCACGCAGGAUCAUUCAGGAUUACAGACAGGGAGUGGUGACUCCAGGUCUGACAGAAGAUGAGCUCUGGAGGGCCAAAUACAUUUUUGACUCUGCGUUCCAUCCAGACACGGGUGAGAAGAUGCUGCUGAUCGGCCGCAUGUCAGCUCAGGUGCCCAUGAAUAUGACCAUCACCGGCUGCAUGAUGACCUUCUACAGGACGACUCCAGCAGUGCUGUUCUGGCAGUGGAUCAAUCAGUCCUUUAAUGCAAUAGUCAACUACACCAACCGCAGUGGUGAUGCUCCCAUUACAGUAAAUCAGCUUGGCACGGCGUAUGUAUCGGCUACGACAGGAGCUGUGGCCACGGCUUUAGGACUCAACUCUCUAGCAAAGCACGUCUCCCCACUUGUAGGACGUUUUGUGCCAUUUGCUGCUGUAGCUGCUGCUAACUGUAUCAACAUUCCGCUGAUGAGGCAAAGAGAGCUGAAGCACGGCAUUCCAGUGAUGGAUGAGAACGGAAAUCGGUUAGGGGAGUCUUCGAAAGCGGCGCAGCAGGCAAUCUCACAAGUGGUGAUCUCCAGAAUCCUCAUGGCCUCUCCUGGAAUGGCAAUUCCACCAUUUUUAAUGAACUCCCUGGAGAAGAAAGCAUUCCUGAAGAGGUUCCCGUGGAUGAGUGCACCCAUUCAGGUCGGCCUGGUGGGAUUCUGCUUGGUGUUUGCCACUCCGCUGUGCUGUGCGCUGUUCCCACAGAAGAGCUCGAUGGCUGUGAGCCGUCUGGAGCCUGAGCUGCAGGAGAAGAUCCGCUCAGAUCACCCGGGAGUGGAGAGAGUUUACUUCAACAAAGGAUUAUGAGAGGAAAAAACUCGUCUCCUCCCAACACGGCCAUAAAAACCCCUCUCAUCUCAUCGUGUUUUUACAGCGUGCCAAAGUUCCGUUCCUCUGUCUCUCCUCAAGGACGUCCCGACUCAGCUGUUUCGUAAGAUGUCGUUCCUAGUGACAGUUUUUAAUCAGGAGAAUAUUUUGGAUGGUGCAGAUCUGUGCUAGUGUUAGGAAAGACUAUUUGUCUAAAAUGGUGCUCUUUCUGAUUGGCUAGUUUCUUUUUUUUAUUUAGUAUUUGUUGAUUACAGUGCAGUCUAUAAGUACAUAAACUUGGAUAUUUAAGUUUUUUAGUCUCUACACUAAGCAGAUUGGAUUUGAAAUGAAACAUCAUGAUCAUGCUAGCUUUAAAUCCAGCUUCUAGGCAUCACAGCCUUUUUAUACACCAUUGCUGGGACCAAAACCACUUUGAAUCAUUGACGCAUCUGUAAAUGAAACGUCACGUUUAGUACUUUCAAUACAUUCGAUGACUGCGCUGGAAUUAUGUUUACUGUCAAACCAAACCAUCUCCAUGUGCCAUCUGUAAUAAGGAACAAAUAUGGUGGUGUAUUUUCUGUCAGUGUUUUUAUUGCAUUGUUGUAAUUAGUAAUUGAUGUUCAUGUCUGAAUGAAAGCUGCUUUUGACAUUAAAUUGCCAAAAAAAAGAAUUAAAAGUUUACUUUAAAGGUACACUAAGUAGAAAUUUCCAUUGAUGUUCACAGUAUUAAAAAAAAAAAUGUAUUUUAAAUAUUUACUUUGUGACACAGUCAAUUAUGGAGCCCCUGAAAGGGCAUAGUGUAAAUUUUAUUAAAUAUCUAUAUCUAUCUAUCUAUCUAUCUAUCUAUCUGUAUAUAUAUAUAUAUAUAUAUAUAUAUAGAUAGAUAGAUAGAUCUAUCUAUGCACCACAUACCAAAAACUUAACAUAUCUCUCUCUCUCUCUCUCUCUCUCUCUCUCUCUCUAUAUAUAUAUAUAUAUAUAUAUAUGUUAGAGAGAGAGAGAGAUAUGUUAAGUUUUUGGUAUGUAGUGCACACCAGAUGUUUUAACUAAAUAAAAUUAUACUGUGUCCUUUCAGCAAAUUUGUAUUCAGUUAAUUAAAAAAUAGUACUUAAUUUAGGUCAGCAGAAGGCAUAAAAUAAAAAUAAAAGCAAAAAUGAACAUAGUUUUAAUGGAACAUGAACAGAUUAAAAUGUGAAUAUUAACUUUUUUUUUUUAACCUUCUACUGCUGUUAUUCAAAAUCUCUUAAACAAGAAAUAUUUUUAUUUAAAAAUUCGCCCUGGUGCUUUAUCUGAAGGCUUGUGUUUGCCUUGAAGAUUAAUAAUAAUAAUAAUAAUAAUAAUAAUAAUAAUAAUCCUGCUUGGUGUACCUUUAAUGAAGAAUCACGAGACCUCGUUUAUCUGAGAACAGUGCAAUUGAUUCGAAACGCUGCCAAAUGAGUUUGUUACAGAGGAACUCACCGAACCUGAGCUGUACAUUCCUGGACAAAAAAAUGAGAUCAAUAAAGAGUGAAAGACUGUAAUGUC